AUGAUAGAUGAGUGGAAUAGUAGAGUAUCUAUCUCGAACUUAUGUACGAUUUGGGAGAAGCAGCGCCCUUCUAACUCUUUAUCUGAAAAUCUUUUAUUUCUUUUAUAUAAUUGUGAAUGCCUAAAUACGCAUCAAGCUGAUUUGGAUAUCUUACUCUCUUCGUAUCUUCCGCAAAUAGUUAUUCUAACUGGUGUCGGAUCUUUAAUUCGUAAUUUACCCUUGCUGCCAAACUACUAUUGGUUAAGUCAAAAAGGUACGAAUUCGUUUGGAGGUGUUGCAAUACUAAUCCAUCAUUCUCUUAAGAGUACAAUAGUUUACACAGUUGAGAAUUUUCUUUUAGCUGAAAUUGACAUAUUAUCUUCUAAAAUCUUGGUUGGAGCUGUGUACGUUCCACCCAACAAACAACCACCUUUUGAACAUUUUUCAAGAUUAAAUGGAAAAGAAUUUUAUUUAUUUGGCGACUUCAAUGCUAAGCACUCGUUAUGGUCAUGUGAAACAAAUAAUACUAGUGGAAGUGCAUUAAAAGAAUGGAUGGAAAGAAAUGGAUGGGAAGGUAUUUUCCCAACUGUUCCUACUUCAAAACGUUCUUCUGCUAUUAUAGAUUUUGCUCUUACGCACAAUAACUCAGGUUGGAAAGUUGAAGUAAUUGAUGAGGGUACAUCAGAUCACUUUCCAAUUCUCUUUUCAUCUCCUUUCACAGCUGCUGAAGAUGGUUUUUUCCGUAAAACAAAUUGGAAUUUGUUUAAAUUCUUUUUAUCGUUAGUUAAUGAAUAUUGGAAUGCAUGCGUUUACAAUUUUGACGAACAUUUUUUUUUCACUCUCUUUUCUUCUUUCCUCUCAUCACUAUGGGAUAGAACAAGUGAAUAUAUAACUAUAAGAAAAUAUAGACCACCUUGGCCAGCUUAUUUAGUAUCACUGGCACGCAGUGUAAAUAAACAUCGACGUAAAUACCGUCGAACACGCUUCUUAUGUCAUCUGAAUGCUUAUUUAUGCGCAAAGAGAGAAUAUCACGAAGAAAGAGCGUACUAUUUACAAAAGAAAAGAGAAAAUCACUUAACAACAAUAAAUCAAGGACAAAAUAUUUGGCGAUUCGUUCACAAUACAUUUCGUCCUUAUACCACCUCAUUUCGAGGUAUUAAAGUAGCAAACGGUAUAGAAAAAGACCCUAGAAAAAUCGUUGAUAUUCUUGGAAAUUACUAUGAAAAACAUUUUGCGCUUCCGAUACAUAAUCCAAAUAAUGUAACGCAUAUAAAGUCUAUCAUUGCUUAUGAGCAAAUUAGUUAUUUACCUAACAUGCCUUUGCCUUUGGUAACUUUGAAUCAAGUUGAAAAACAAUGGUUAAAAUUUUCAGCUAAAAAAUCACUUGAUAGUAUGAAGAACUCAGCGUUUCUGUUAAAAAAUUUACCAAUAGAAUAUAUGAAAGUUAUCACAGUAUUGUUUAAUAAGUGCGCGUCAAAAGGAAAUGUAUUUGAAGCAAGUAAACAUGCUAAAGUUAUAUGUUUAUCUAAAGACGGUAUGUAUCCAGCGGAAGAUAAGCUCAGACCGAUUUCACUUCUGCCUAAUCUGGGGAAGUGGUUUGAACGUUGUAUACAUGAACAAAUACAAGAAUGGUGUAAAGAUAAAGGGAUAUAUACUGAUGAACAAUCAGGUUUCACACCAAAUAGACGUUUACAAUCUCGAAUUCUGUCAAUCUGUGAAGACUUAAGAUUAACUGUAGCAGCGAAUAAUCGCCCAGCGUUAUUAAUAUUCGUUGAUUUUCUCUCCGCAUUUGAUAAAAUGUGGUAUCCUGCCUUGAUAGCAAAUUUAGUUGAAUUAGAUAUGCCAUUACCAUUGAUAAAAUGGAUUUAUCAAUGGCUUCAAGAAAGAACUAUGAGUAUACAUCAUGGCGAUUCACAAUCGAAAACCGUAAAACUACACGUAGGUGCCCCACAAGGUUCAGUUCUAGCUGCAACACUGUUUAGAAUUCAUAUUCACUUCCUUCCUAAAUAUUUUUUUCGUUUUUGUACGCAUUUAUUUGCCGAUGAUGUAGCGAUUCUUUUAAAAGGUUCAUUAGAAAAAAAGCUAUCUCAAAAUAUAAUCGAAUUAGAAAAACAAGCUAAAAUAGCAAUGUAUACCCUAUUAUCCUUUUCAGAAAAUCAUUUAUUACCUGUGAACGUGAAAAAAACAAAAGCAAUGCUGGUACAUAGUGCAGUAUCUCCAAGUCAACCGAAAAUAUUUUUCCAAAAUCAACAGAUUGAUUUCGUACAACAUUUUAAAUACUUAGGGGUAGAAAUUCGUGUUAAAUUAGGAUGGGGAAGUUAUAUAAAAACGCGUAUACUUAAGAUUAGAAAUGUUUAUAACGCUCUGAAACAACUUUUCCGACAAAUCCCUAUUGAACUGAUUCAUAUUCGUAAAAAAUUAUUCUAUGCUUUUGCUUUACCCCACUUUAUCUGGCUUUUUAUGACAUGGUUUUACUUUACAGAAAUACAACAAAAUGAAAUAGAACAUCUAUAUGCAUCAGGACUACGUAUAGUGUAUAACCUUUGGGGCUGGGAAGACUAUACUGUUUUCGUACUUACAAGGGAAAAAUCCCUUAUGGAUUAUCUAUAUAAAUAUUGGGUGAAAAUGAUAAAACAUCUACACACAGCAACCGAGGCCCUUGAUUACCAGCAAUCAUGGGAAGCAUAUAUUAUUGCAACAUCUACAAAUCGAAUUUACUAUAAAUCUAUGGGAUUUAGAAAAAACAGUUUUUUUCUUAAUCGUUUGGCAGCAAGGGCUCACCAUUGUUAG